UGUAAACGUAAAAUGGAGGUAAGUGAUGAUGGCAGAACUUCGCCCUCUGGUAGUUUAAAUAGUUCUCGAGAACGUUCAAACAGUGAUCCAGGUCGCAGAGAGAUGACCAUAGUCAUGAAUGGCGGGAACACUGUGCCUACAAGACGAACACCAGCGUUUAUAAACUCCACGGAAGUUGACAGUUCUGUCGCAAGUGCAAACUCUACCCCGAGUACACCUCCUCCUGUGCGACGAAGCAAAUUGGCAGUGAGUAUAGGAAGAUUACUUCGACCGUGGAAAUGGCGAAGGAGAAAGAAAAGUCAGAAGUUCAUCACCACUUCACAAAAUCUUGAAAGAAAAUUAUCGGUACGCACUAACAGAGAUGAGUUGAUAAAGAAAGGAAUCCUUCCAGUCACAUCUGAAGAGAAAGAAAACGAGAAUGAUUCAGGUGAAGUCCAAUGCAAUGGUCCAUUACUGGAAAACAGGCUUCCCAAUGAAAGUGAAGAGAAAUCCGUAAAAUCAGGUCAGCCAAGGAGUGCUUUGAGAACUCCACUUCAACAACGAGACAAUCUACCUGCUGGAAAUCAAAUCAAGAAUGAUUUCCAAGUUCAACAAUUAGAUACUUUGAGUAUGAUGGACCAGCUGGCUCAGGAAUUAGCUCGUCGAAACACUGGAGACAGUUCAACAAUUGAACAGACAGUCCUUCAAACUCAAAAUAAUAGACAUUGUAGUUCUAUUGGCCAACAACCAAGAUUUGUUGUUGUUCAAAGUGUUGGGAAAAAAACUAGUGGUGAAGAAGAAUGCUCGGAUAAUGAAAGUUUGCAACAUGCAAGUUCAGGAAGUGAAGGAAGCUUUUCUGACUCAGAGGAAGAGGAGGAAAAUCGAGGAAUUGUUACAGGCUUAGCAUCUAAGCUUAAAAGGAAGGAUAGUUUGGCUCAAAAAUUGAGAACAAGACCAAGUCAAGGUGAACUUGAGGCCAGAAACAUACUGCCAACAAAAACAGAGGAAGAAAAAUUAGAGAGGAAAAAUGAAGUUGGAACUAAACUUAUAAGACGGCUGAGCACACGACCUACUGCACAAGAACUUAGGGAAAGAAAUAUUUUGAAAUCAUCCUCAGAGGAAGAGGCUAAAGAAGAAAAGGAGGAAAAGAAAAGGGUGUUAACUAGAAAGUUAAGUAGAAGGCCUACAGUGCAAGAGUUGAGAGCAAAGAAAAUUCUUAAAUUUAACGAUUAUGUUGAAUGUGUUGAUGUCCAUGACUAUGACAGAAGAGCUGACAAGCCGUGGACUAGAUUGACUCCUGAAGACAAGGCUGCAAUUCGCAAAGAGCUCAAUGAGUUCAAGAGUAAAGAGAUGGAAGUGCAUGAAGAUAGUAGACAAUACACAAGGUUCCAUCGUCCCUAGUUUUAUACAGGCGCCAAGAGGAUUUUUACUUUACAUCUAUUUUUUUUGUUAGAUGGAAUUAUUAAAAGGACUCUAACUAGUAAAAAUAAUAUACUGUAAUGUACAGCUCACUCUAUUGCUGUAAAUAUUAUUAAUUUCAUAUUAUGAAUUUUUGUAAAGAAUUUAUAGAUUUUUAAAGUGUUUUUAAUAAUAGAUGUAGCAAAGGAAUGAGUAUCCUCUCAAUUGGAAAAAAAAAGCAAAGGCCAUCUCUUUGCAACUAGGGCUUCAUAGAAGUAAAAUUCCUGAUCUGAGAGUUCUUAUUGGCAUUGCUAGUGUAAUAUCAUUCAGUAAAAAUGAAAAUUUAUGCAAGAUGUCUGUGACACUUGUUUGGCAAUAUAAUUGACAUUCAUUAUUUGAAUGGUCGUAAAUGGAGCAUACUUUGUUAAUUUUACCAGAUGUGUAUUGUAAACUUUUUGUUUUGUGAGUGACUUGCUGUGAGUUUUGGUUCACAUUUAUAUGAUGGCCAUAGUUACCACCUGACUGUACAAAUUUAAGACAUGGUGAUUAUUACAUUAUUAUAGUAUUAAUUCUACAACACUAGAGGGUUCAAGUACGGAAAAAAAAAAAAAGAAGCAAUGGUGGUCCUCAACAU